CCCGACCCCAGCUCACCUGGAAACGGCUCACCUGCGCCCGACUCACCUGGACCCGGCUCACCUGUGCCCGACCCCGGCUCACCUGGACCCGGCUCACCUGUGCCCGACCCCGGCUCACCUGCCCUCCCUCCCUCGCUGUCGGGGCGAAGGUCCCGCGGCCGCUGCUCUCGGCGCAAUGAGCGGCGCCGCGCUCCUCUACCUGCUGGCCGCACUUACAUCCUUGAAUGCAAUGAUGAUCAACGUGAAGGUCCCGCACAUGGAAAUAGCUCGAGGAGAUGCUUUACAUUUACAAUGUACCUAUCAAACCACCGCACCAACUAAAAACAAUCUUAACAUUGAAUGGAUUCUAGUCGAAGAAGUACCGAGUGAAAUGGAACCAACGAUCGAUGUAAUCCAGUACUUCUACGACGGAUUAUACAGCGUUGGAAAAAACUACAAGGGCAGAGUAAACUUUACAGGAGAUGCCAACGGGGAAGAUUGUUCAAUAGCGAUCCAGAAUGCGCAGAUAACUGACACUGGAACCUACGUGGUAGAAGUCACAACACCUUAUGACUUGGUUGGUACGCGGAAAGAAACAGUGGAUGUGACUGUAUUGGUUCCUCCAACGCCGCCCAUUUGCAAAAUAGAGGGCAAAGCAGAAUAUGGGGAGACUGUCAAACUGAUGUGCCACUCGGAGGAAGGGUCGCCUGCCCCAGUGUACUCCUGGCAAAACUACAGCCCCAUGAAUCAGCCACGGGAACUGCCUCAAAUGUCCAUUCAGGAGGCAGAUGGUUUAACAUUAAGAAAUAUUUCAGCCAAGACAUCUGGCUUCUUCAUUUGUACCUCGAAAAAUAAGAUCAGAGCUGCGACCUGCAAUAUCACCUUAGCAGUAAUGCCACGAUUUUCACGCUUCAACUUUACUGUUACAACACAUCAAUGAGUUGAUCGGACAUGGAGGAAGACUUUUCAUGCUAUCAAAGAAGGCGAAAGUGAAGAUGGAAGAGUCGAUGAAGAAUUCUGAUUGCGGAUUUAAAGUGCAUGCUAUUUUUUUCCUCGUUAGUAGAGUGAUUAGUAUCCCUGCCUGUCACGCGGGAGACCGGGGUUUAAUUUCCCGACGAGGAGCCACAGGGUUUUAUUCC